ACAAUAUCUGACAACGUCACUAGUACUAAAUGGCAGUUUUAGAUAUAACCUAUACCUACAUUUCAAUUAAUUUUGAGGAAUAAUUUUAGUUGACCGUAUUAAUAACAAGAUAAUGCAUUCAAUCGGAUUGCCCCGGACAUGUCUCGGCUUCACAAAUAUCUUCUCCUUCAUGUGCGGUUUGGUCGCGUUCAUAAUUUGCGUCUGGUGCGCCGUCAAUACAGAAUUCUUCCAAGAUGUGAACUCGACCGUGGCCAGUGUAACCACGGUCAAUUCUAUCGCUAAAUUCGUAAAUUUGAAACUAUGGGUGACUCCUCUAACGUCGGUGCUGAUCCCGAUAUCCGCGCUCGCUAUGAUGACGUCAUGCUGCGGAGUGCUAGGCGCCGGAUGCAGGGUUAAAUGCGCCAUGAAAUCGUACAUAUUCCUCGUCAGUUCAAUGACAUUAGUCUCGUUCUGGAUAUUUUUCAUAUCAGGAAUCUACAAUAUUUACACUAAGAACGAUGGCACUCGGAAAUACAUGCAGAUGUCUAUAGAAAAAUAUUACGGUAAAGAAAACGAUUUUAUCACGUUCAUAUGGAACUAUGUGAUGAUAAAACAUGAGUGCUGCGGGGCUGUGGAUUACAAAGACUUCUUUUUGUCGAACUGGCAGGCCGCGAAUCCUUUGAAAGCGUACCCGAUCCAGUGCUGCAAGCUGGCCAACGCGACCAGCCUGGAGCCGGUGUCGGCCAACUGCUCGCUGACCUUCGACACAGACAUGGAGUCCCACAGGGACGUGGGGUGCUUCGAAGCGCUGCAUUCAGCGAUUGUCGCGAAUAAAGGGAAAUUGAUAUUCUAUAUCGUCUCGUUGGGAAUGUUUUACAUGGUUGUGAUACUAUUUGCAUACUGUAUUCUGCGAGGGGAGCCGUUGUUGGGAGCGAUGGCGGGGCGGUUUACAGACUUGCUACCUUCGAGGGCGCAGGAGGAUACACGCAAGAUAAUUCCGGUGACGCAGGCUAGGAGUAAGAUGGUGUACGUGGAGGAGGCGCCGCAGCCGCAGCGGAUGGUGAAGGUGGUGUCGGCCGUGAACCCCUUCCAGUCGUACUCGUUCGCCCCGAGCGCGUACAGCCGGCCCGAGGACUACCGGGCGCACACUGUACAUAGCGUCAGACGGUAGAUGUGUAUGUUCAAUAAACGCGUUGUUAUUAUAUUUAUGGUUUUAUUCUGUUACUUAGUUUGGAUAAAAUAAAUUGCGUUAUUCUAAUGA